AUACGCGGCACCCCGGCAACUUGCUAACGUUAGCUGUACGGGUUGUUAGCUGCCCAAAAUACCUACCUGAAGCCCUUUGCUUUGUAUGGAAGCGGUCAGCAUCUCUAACGGGGUUCAUGUUACGUCGCUUUGGAUAUAAUGAGGAACGUCAUUGUGCUGUCACUGCUGCUGUUGAACAUACAUCAUGUCAUAUCAGCACCCAAAGAUGUCACUGCCAGUCUAAAAGCAAAGUGGAGCAUGACGCCUUUCCUCCUGGAGACAAGUGAGUUUAUUGGAGAAGAUGGGAAUGAGAAAUUCUGGCAGUUUGUUGACACUGUGAAAGAGCUCACUGUAUACAAGCAAGGAGAGUCUGUGCGCUCGUACUACAACUUGAUCGUUAAGAAGGCCGGCCAGUUUCUCACAGAUCUUCAAGUUAAUCUCCUCAAAUUUGCUCUGGCUCUACGGUCAUACUCACCAGCUGUUCAUGCGUCCCAGCAGAUAGCCAGUGAUGAGCCUCCGCCUGAGGCUUGCCCUGCCUUUGUCUCCGUCCAUGGUCAACAUAGCUGCAGUACCAAGGACAUCAAAAAGCUCCUGAAGGCAGCUGCAGGCAGGCCAAAACCAUAUUUAUACAAGAAUGAUCAUACAUAUCCAGGAGUCAAUAAAACAGAUGUGCCAGUUGUUAUCCUCUACGCUGAGAUUGGAACCAAGAAGUUCACCUCUUUUCAUAAGGUGCUAUCAGAGAAGGCUAAAGAGGGCACACUUCUAUAUGUGCUGCGGCAUUUUGUAGUGGAUCCAAAGCCACGAAAGAUGCUUUUGUCUGGGUAUGGAGUGGAGUUGGCUAUCAAAAGCACAGAAUACAAAGCUGUGGAUGACACCAAAGUAAAAGAUUCAAAGACAGCUAUGAAGGCUGAGGAUGAUAAUAUUGACGAAGUCCAAGGAUUCCUUUUUGGACCAUUGAAGAAAUCUCACCCUGAACUCCAGGAGCAACUUAGUGAGCUUCGCAAACAUCUCCUGGAGAGCACAAAUGACAUGGUCCCUCUCAAAGUGUGGGAAAUGCAAGAUCUUAGUUUCCAGGCAGCUGCCAGAAUCAUGUCCGUGCCAAAGUUUGACGCUUUGAAGCUCAUGCGAGACCUCAGUCAGAACUUUCCAAGCAAAGCCAGAUCACUGACAAGAGUGGCCGUAAAGCAGGAAAUGAGAAAAGAAAUUGAGGAGAACCAAAAGCGUCUCAGUGAGACCAUUGGUGUUCACCCAGGAGACGGGGAGCUCUUCAUCAAUGGACUGCAUAUUGAUCUGGACAUUCACAACCCUUUCAGCAUUUUGGACAUCCUCAGAGGAGAGGCCAGGGUCUUGGAGGGGCUUCAUAACUUAGGCAUUAAAGGAGAACAUCAGGGCAAGCUGCUAAGGUUACCCGUGAAUGCUGUGGAUGACAGCUAUGCCUUAGAUAUCAGACAUCCAGCUAUAAUGUGGAUAAAUGACAUAGAGAAUGACCCAGUGUACCGCAACUGGCCAGCGGGUGUACAGGAGCUCCUCAGGGCCACCUUUCCUGGAGUCAUCCGGCAGAUCCGACGCAAUUUCUUCAACCUGGUGCUAUUCCUAGAUCCAGUACGGGAAGAAAGUGUUGAGCUAGUGAAACUAGCAGAUCUUUUCUACAAGCAUAAGAUCCCCCUGAGAAUUGGAUUUGUGUUUGUUGUCAACACCAAAGAUGAGAUUGAUGGCUUCUCAGAUGCAGGAGUUGGAUUUUACCGACUGCUGAAUUACAUUGCAGACGAGUACGAUUUAUCCCAGGCUCUCAUGUCCAUGCUCUCAUUGUACGGCCAAGUAGAUGUAGGGGGGACGCUGUCUGUUGAUACAAUUUCUGCUUACCUGAAGAGAAAAUUCCCUAAAGCCAACGCUGAAAGGAUUCUAGGUGCAGAAUCUGAGUAUGAUGACAAAAGAAAGGAUGGUGCCGCCUUCUACAAAAAGAGUGGCUUGGGUGCCCUACCUUUGGCUUUAUUCAACGGAGUCCCUCUGAGCCCAGAUGAGAUGGACCCAGAUGAGCUGGAAACCAUCAUCCUGCAGCAUAUAAUGGACACCACAACCUCCUUCCAGAGAGCUGUCUUUAUGGGUCAGUUGACCGACAGUUCAGAUGUGGUGGAUUAUCUAAUGGAGCAGGCCAAUGUGGUUCCCAGGAUGAACCCUCUAAUUCUGAGCACUGACCGACAGUACCUCGACUUCACUGCCACCCCAGUUGUAGAUGAUUGGGAGGACACAACUAUGUUUUCAUACUUGGACUCUAGAGACAAAACAGCUGUGGUGGCUAAGAGAAUGAAGUACUUUACAAAUAGUGAUGAGGAUGGGAUGAGUGCUGUGACCAUGUGGAUAGCCGGAGAUUUUGAGAAGGUCUCAGGAAGAAAACUAUUGCUGAAUGCUCUGAAACAUCUGAAGUCCAGCCGCGGAGUUCGUGUAGGGGUGAUAGAUAACCCCAGCGGAAAGCCCAGCGGAGUUAACACUGUGCUGUAUAGGGCAAUCUGGGCCUCUCUCCUCACCCAGAAAUAUAAGGCUGCAGCAGAGUUUGCGCAUAAACUCCUGAAAGAGGAGAGCAUCCAGCUCCUCCAACAGGGGACCAAGAUGAAGGACUUACUGAUCCAGGGCAUGGCCGAAGAUGCCUUUGAAAAAAAGUUCAACACACUGGAGGUGGAUCUUAUCCGUAGUCAGCAGCUGUUUUGUAGAGACGUCCUGAAACUGAGUCCUGGACAGCGGGCAGUGAUCAGCAACGGCAGGAUCCUUGGUCCAUUUGAAGAGCAGGAAGAAUUCACUGUGGAGGAUUUCCACUUGCUGGAGAAGAUUACACUGAGCGGUUCUGCAGAGAAAGUCAAAGCCAAAGUUAAACAGAUGGGGAUGAAGCCAAAGCAUGCCAGUGACUUAGUGAUGAAAGUUGAUGCCCUCCUAACUGCUGCCCCCAAAGGAGAGGUCAGGAGGGAUGUUGACUUUCUCAGAGACAGUCACAGUGUGCUCCGUCUCUCCCCGCGUGAAAACGAGGUGUUCUAUGAUGUCGUCGCCAUCGUUGACCCCCUCACUAGGCAGGCACAGAAGAUGUCCCCUCUCCUGAUUGUGCUCGGUCAAGUGGUCAACCUGAGACUGCAGGUGUUCAUGAAUUGCCGGGCCAAGUUGUCCGAGAUGCCCCUUAAGAGCUUUUACCGCUUUGUCUUGGAGUCCGAUGUGAAUUUCAUGGCCAAUGACACAGUGUCUCCAGGACCAGUUGCCCGCUUCUUGGAGCUCCCAGAAUCUCCCCUUCUCACUCUUAAUAUGAUCACACCAGAGAGCUGGAUGGUGCAGGCUGUCCGCAGCCCCCAUGACUUGGAUAACAUCCACCUGCAGGAGGUGAGCGGGGUUGUGACAGCAGAAUAUGAGCUGGAGCAUCUCUUGCUGGAGGGCCACUGCUUUGACCUGUCGAGCGGCCAGCCUCCCCGUGGACUGCAGUUCACCCUGGGCAUGAGUCGGGACGCGCUCAUGUAUGACACUAUUGUCAUGGCUAACCUGGGAUAUUUCCAGCUGAAAGCCAAUCCCGGUGCCUGGAUCCUGAGAUUACGUAAAGGGAGGUCAGAGGACAUCUAUCAGAUUCUCACGCAUGAUGGAACAGAUUCUCCUGCAGAUGCUGGUGAUGUCAUAGUUUUACUAAACAGUUUCCACAGUAAGAUCAUCAAAGUCAGAGUGCAGAAAAAGGCAGAGAUGAUCAAUGAAGAUCUUUUAAGUGAAGCUAGUGAAAGCAAAGGCAUAUGGGACUCCAUAGCAAGGAGAUCUUAUUCCUCCCCUCGAUCCAGACUGCACUAUUAUGCUGUAAGAUCUAGUCUUGCCAAAAAUAUGUGCUUCUGUAGGUAUGUUGUUUGGAGCACUUUUGAGAAAAGCAUCAGUGGUGGUGGCUCCAAGAAGGAUGAGGGAGAGAAGAAGAAAGAGGAUGUUCUGAACAUAUUUUCUGUGGCCUCGGGCCAUCUGUACGAACGCUUUCUGAGGAUAAUGAUGCUGUCCGUACUUCGUCAUACCAAAACCCCGGUCAAGUUUUGGUUCCUCAAGAAUUACCUCUCUCCAUCUUUCAAGGAGACCAUCUCUCACAUGGCAGAGUCAUAUGGCUUCCAGUAUGAAUUGGUACAGUACAAGUGGCCCCGUUGGCUCCACCAGCAGACUGAGAAGCAGCGCAUUAUCUGGGGGUAUAAGAUCCUCUUCCUGGACGUUCUGUUCCCUUUGGCUGUGGACAAGAUCAUAUUUGUGGACGCCGACCAGAUAGUGCGGGCUGAUCUGACGGAGCUGAGGGAUUUAGACCUGGAAGGCGCUCCCUAUGGCUACACACCAUUUUGUGACAGCCGCAGAGAGAUGGAAGGCUAUCGCUUCUGGAAGACUGGCUAUUGGGCCUCACAUCUAGGACACAGGAAAUACCACAUCAGCGCUCUGUAUGUAGUAGACUUAAAGAAGUUUCGAAAGAUUGCAGCCGGGGACAGAUUACGAGGCCAGUACCAAGCCCUGAGCCAAGACCCCAACAGUCUGUCCAACCUGGACCAGGACCUUCCUAACAACAUGAUCCACCAGGUGGUCAUCAAGUCUCUUCCACAGGAGUGGCUAUGGUGUGAGACAUGGUGCGAUGACUCUUCCAAAGUCACUGCUAAGACUAUAGACCUGUGCAAUAACCCAAAGACCAAGGAGCCCAAGCUCACGGCUGCAGCGAGGAUUGUGCCUGAGUGGGUUGAAUAUGACAAUGAGAUAAAACAGCUACUGAGACAGGUCCAGGAACAGGAAGACACAGCACCACAAAAACAGACUCCCUCGCCUUCACAACAUAAAAAAGUAGACGACCAGCGUGAUGAACUUUAGUGCCUGCCAGCACCAUGCUGAAGAGGAAGGAGGCAGCACCUUUUACAUGCAGGCCACCUGUGAAGCUUGAAGACAGACAAUUCCAUCUAAACAUAGCGAUGGAGUGUUACAUCCCCAGCCGGAGAAGGAUGUGAUAUUUUCAGAGAUGCCAUAUCUGCUUCUGCAGUCAAUACGCCUUACAAAAUUAACACGUGAUGUAAGUGUUAACUGCCAACUGUGAACAUGUGGUGCGCAUGCAGCUCUACAGUCAGGCCCCUGUUUCAGAAAGCGGGCUUAGUGAAAACUCUUGAGAUUGUUAACCCUGAGAUGAGGGGAAACUCUGGGUUUUCCGUUCCAGAAAGAGAGGUAACUUAAACUCUGGGUCAGUUACCAUGGCAACUUGCUGGCAGGCUGACUUUCUCUUGGACUCCUCCUCUCCUGCCGAGCCUGAAGGAGCUGUCUGACACACGGUUUCCUUUCCUCAUUCACACAGUCCAUAUCAAAGCACACAUGGAACGCAUUCAUUUGCAGAUGUUUACGUCUUUGGAAACAUCGAAAUCCUGGUUAGAUAUUAGUUCGUUACUCAAGAACCAUGACCGCUUUUAUGAUGAACCUGACAUCGUGGAUUCAUCUUCUGCUCGGAAUAAAACUGCAAAUCAUCAAAAUCAUCAUAGGUCCAUAAGUAUGUCUUAGUUGUUUGAGCUAUAUUUUCAUCUUGCUGCCACCUGCAUUUUGUGCAUAUCAGGUUACAGCUAAAUAAAUAUAUUUAAAAAUCUAAUGUAACAUACAGAAGGAGUCCAGCACUUUAUCAUCCAGGAUUAAUGGAUGAUUGGAAAUUCAAGCUCAAUACUAGAACCGCCAACGGGUCAAAUUUACCUGUGGCUGUGGCUGAUUGUAUGUGUCUUUGUUUCAAUAUAAUAUUCAAGUCCCCCAGUCUCUAACUUUAAAAGUGUGUUAUAUAGCACCCCCUAUUGUUAAAAAAUGUCAAAGCUAGAUUUAAAAAAUGGGCAUUUAUACCUAUAAGCGCCAGCGGGUAAAAUUUACCCCUAUAGAGAAUACAGUCAUUUUAGCGCUGUUCAUGUCGCGCGUUUAGAUAAACACUCUAUGUUGCUAUUGGCAACGCCUUUCCCACUACAGGCAUUACACUUGCUCAGCGCAGUGAGUGAAGGAGAGUCUGAUGGUGGGGGCUGAGCGAUGUGUCCUAGGUUGAUUCUGCAUCUGACCUGACAACGAUCCACUUGUAUGAAGUAAAUAUGCAUAAAAGCCGCUGCUCAUAGGUUUUGUGGUCCCUUCAAGAGAGCGUGCGGCUCCCUCAUGUGCUUUUUGAAGGCUAUAACGUUUCCAGUGCUGUGUAUUUUUUAGUAAAAAUGAUCAUUAUACAUUUUUCCGUUGGGUAAAAAUCUACUAUGAAUUUUGGAAUUGAUAAUCGUUUCUUUCGAAUAAAUAGCCUACUUUUAUUUGAACUAUCAAACUUUUGUAGCUACUAGGCAUAGGCCUAUGUGUUAAUCUGUGGAUGCCCGAUGGAGUCCGAACAAACAAGCAGAACAGUAAGAAGUAGCCGACAUUAUGAGGCUAUUAUUAGGCUACCGCCUAUAAAACACUACAACAGUCAGUCUUUUUUGUAAAUUGUAUGCUGCAUUUAAAUUCAAGCUGUAUUUAGAAUAUAACUAGGUUAUAACAUCUAUAACAGCGGCAAGUGGAUGACAUCAUAAGAGCCGCCGCGUGUGAACGUGCCCUUCACAGAUGCGCAUCGCAGGCGAACGACCUGCACGGUGAAGACAAUGAAUAGAAUAGAAUAAACUUUCUGUAAAUGCCUGAAAUAUGGGGAUGGUGUUUAUAGGAAAUGCACAGCCAAUGUGUUAAAUGUUUCAAGCAACAUGUAGCAGAAAUAAUAACAAAAUCACUGCAUUUUUUAAAUUUUACCCGCUAUGGCGGUUAAAGGUAGCCUAUACAACGAACCCUGGCGGUUCUAGUGUAAAUGAAGAUUGAGUGGACUAUGCUGAAUAAAAUUUAAUAGUGUAAAGUUAUUGACUCCUUUCUCCACUCCUGUUUUUUAAGAUGAAUAUCAUGGUCUGCAUUGGCAUGCAUUCAUAUUUCUAGUUCCACUGGGUUUUACCUUGGGGCUCUGCUUUUUAUUUACCUGUUGCCAUGGUGAAUCAUAGAAUCAGACCUCCACUGAUGAGGGCGUUUUUUUCAUUUCCCUGGGAUGAACAUAAUCAGACUUAAUUUCAUUAAGCCAGAUUAGCUGUUCUGGAAUGGAAAACUCAGUUUACCAUCUCAUGGUUACUCAACUCAGAGAUUAGGGUUAGAGUCAAGAGUUUGUUGGACCUGCUUUCCGAAACAGGCCUCAGGUCUUGGUUACUGUGUGUUUACCAGAGAUUGAAGUAAAUACAAAGUGUAAAGGGGUGAAGUCAGUCACAACCCUCUAUUGGUGUAUGUUUGAGUGUAAAUAGUUGGCAUAUAUUGCACUGAUAAUGUAUGCAAAGAAUCAAAUGGAGAAGGCACAUUUUUAAGAUUCUUAUGACAAAGUUGAAAUUUUUUUAUGCAAAACUUUCUAAAAGUUAAUAUAUUUAGAUAUUGUAUUUGAUGUUGUAAACAACAUGAAGACUUUCACUAUGCUUUGACUGAAAUGCCCAAACUGAAGAUGUGACUGACAUAAAACUAGUCCUGUUUUAAACUUCACAACAGAGGUUUUUACAUUAGAACAUUAGGACUGUACAUUAUUAUUGGAGGGGCUGGAAAAUUAUUCCUCCAUAAGUUAUUUUGUUUCAGUCUUCCCUUGCAAGAUUUAUUAUAUAAAAGGGAUCAUAUAGUUACACAAAACAUUUUCCACCUCACCAUCAAAUAUCUAAUGUCUGUUUUUGUCUCUAGCAGAGGCAUACUUUUUUCACUACCCUGUACAGUUACUGGAUGCUAAUAGUAAGCUGAACUAAUUGUUCUUUUGAUCAAAGAAAUGAAACAUGUUGACUGUGGCUGGACUUUAUCAUCGGGUCUUUCACACUUAGUCGAACUCUUACCAAGAAAGACGCUGAGAGGUGGCGCAGCGUGGGAGUGUGUGCCAUACAGAGCUGUCUGUGAGCAGUGACCUUAACUAUUUACUGGCAGUGGGCGUAGGUUUGCAUAUAGGCAUUAAGGAUAUACCCCUACCAAUAUUUUGGGAGGACAGAAUUGUCCCUUCUAAUAUUUGAGCAAACUCGCAUUAUCUGAAGUGAUAUUAGAUCAUUCCUUUGUGCCCUCCCAGAGGCUACAUCAAAUUAUUGGCUGAGAUACACGUGACAAUUGGGUAGCUGUUGUGUCAGAACCUGGUCAGAACAAUGGACAGCGCUGAGAGAGAGGGAGCUGUGGGCUGCAAAUAGCAGUUUCUGCACUGCUCCCCCUGCUGAUUUUGACAGAAUCAUUCAAAAAAUGUGAGGGCUCUGAUUAAUAAAUGUAUUCUUUGAUUUUGAAAAGUUAACCUUAGGGCUUGUGUCCAUAUAGCGUUUCUCUCACAGCACAAACACUUAGUCUCAGCACUAUCCAGCAGGGUGCCAGUGCUUUUCUGCCAGAGAGAAACAGCUAUAUGGACACACACCCCCUUAUGUUGUUAUUUAGCCUUUCGGAGGCUAUUGCUUUGUUAAAUGAAAUGAGCCUUUUAUGAAAGGCUGGGGAGGAUCUAGCUUUUGUAUAAAAUUAAAUAUAAGAUUCAGCUCCCCUCCCCACCACAGUCAGCUUUCCCUUAGAACAGCAGUUAGACACCCCCCAAACUUUGGAUUUCUCCAUGUGGCUAAGCAGUGUGCUCAUACAUCCACCAUGGAUGUGCUGGGUGCUGUUGUAAGAAUGGUACUUUGUAUGUGAAGAGUUUGGAGGCUCAUUUGUUUACAAAACCAAAAACAUAAGUGUAAGAAUGGACUAAGCGUUAUGUUUAUCUGCUCUAACAUAAACUGGCAACUUCACAUGCUUGGCAAUCCAGCUUACUACUGUAGCUAACAUUACAUAAACAAGUAACCUAGUGUUAUUUCUAAAGGCAAGGGGUAUUAUUACGUACCUACAGUAUGAAGGGACUUGAAGGGUCUAUUCCUUUUUCUGUAGUAAGCAUUUUAACUUCGCAGGUUAUGUUAUUAAUAUAACAUUAAUUACACUUGCAUUAUAAUACUGUACUAUGUUAGGGCUAAAUAGCUCUAGCUCACCCUGCAAUACAGUUAAUGUUACACAUAAAGCUGGUGCGACAUGAUUCAUCAGCUAAUGGGAUGCUAAUUUUCUGCUUGGGACAUGUAGCUAGCUUUAAAGGUCCCAUAUUAUGCUCAUUUUUAGGCUCUUACUUGCAUUUUGGGUUUUUCCUAGAAUCUCAUUACAUGCUUUAAUGGUCAAAAAACACAUUGUUUUUUCUCAUUCUGUCCAUUGCUUCUGCACCUCUGUCUUAACACUCCAUUUUUGCUCCUGUCUCUUUAAGGCCUCGCUCCGUAAAAGCCCACUUUCUUCUGAUUGGCCAACUGGUUUUUCCUCUGACACCCUCCAGCUGCUGUGUGUCAAGGAGUUUGCUGAUGGACAUAGCUUUACUUCUUGUUUGCCACUAGCUUGUUAGCUCAGCCAUGCAGCUAGCCGUCCUAUAAGCUGAUACUGCAUGGAUUUGAAGCUUGGUGUGUUGUUGUUUACACCUCUGUUAGAACAGAAGCUUUGGACCGCUGCUUCAGGCAGAGCCAGCUGAUAACAGCAGCUACAUGUAGCAGUAGCUAGCUGUUACUGUAGCAUUAGCAUCAAGCUAUCUGUCAAUAAGGAAACAACCGUAAAUCACAGAGAGAUGAGGCAGAGCAGCUGGAGGAUCAGAGGGAAAACCACAAAAUAUUUAUUUCCUUCAUAACCGCUGUGAGACAUACUUAAUAACCUCCAGUUCGUGUCCACUAGGGAGGAGGUCCUAUGCUAUACAGAUCCCGCCAUGUCAGGAAGGGAGGCAAAUUAAAAUGCUGUUCUUUUGCUGUUCAAAAGAAAUAUUGCAAAUUUUGAGUGGUAAGUCUUCCACUACUAUGGUAAACAAGUUUGUAGCAACAUUAAGUGGGCGGGGCUUGGCCCUCUGUCAUGUGACUUUGGCUCAGCAGACCUGGCAAGACUGGAUUACCAAGUUCAAAGAUCAAAGAAUCCUCAUUUGCACACUAAAGGCCAUUUGUAGAACAUAGGAUUUUAACUUAUUACAUUAUGUUUACAUCAUAUGUACAUUUAAGAAGAAUCUUUCAAUGUUUUAAUUCCACGAUGGACCAGUGUUUUUGUCUCAGGAAUAAGAUGGGUGUUGCUGUUCUGCUGAAGCAAACAGUAUUUUUUGUGUUUGUCUUAAAAGUCAAUACAAAUGGGUGCAGGAAGUCUGCUCUCAGGGUACCCAUCUUUCAUUGUGCUGUGUCAAAUAGACAUGUUUAUAUUACUGUCUGGUGGAAAAAAAUAAAUCUUUGCUACAAAAUUUA